GGCGGGGGGACAUCUCCGUAUUCAAACACAUGAACAUUAAAAAACUUCCUGGGUAGUGUACCCCCGCAGCAGCGGCUCGUGUACGUCUGGUUUAGGCCGUGAAAACACAUUUGAAGACCCGGUUUUGUUUUGUUUUUCGUGCCGGUGUCAGAAUGGAUGCCUCUCAGCACAACGGCGAAGUUGCGCAGAUUAGCGAGAAACUGGAGAAGUCUUUGUCCAUGGACACAGACGACAAGAUGGAAGCAUAUCACAGAUUAAUUCAAGCUGGUAAAGAUGCUGCCAGACAAGGGGACAUGCACAAAGGACUGAAGUUCUUCAGGUUGGCGUAUGACAUCCACCAGAGUCAAAAACUUGAAAGCAGAAUCAAGAAAAUUGAAGAACUUAUUUCUCAGGAUGACUCUGAGGAUGACGAAGAGUUUGUCGAUGUAAACGGCAGUGGUUUAAUGCUUUUCAAAGAUUUACAUGACAAGCUUUAUGACUACCAGAGGAAUGGAGUGGCCUUCUUAUACAGUCUCUACAGAGAUGGUCUUAAAGGUGGGAUUUUGGCAGAUGACAUGGGCCUCGGUAAAACCAUCCAGGUGAUAUCAUUCCUCUCUGGUAUGUACGAUAACGAGCUGGUUAAACACACACUGCUGGUCAUGCCAACCUCACUCAUCACAAACUGGACUAAGGAGUUUGCCAAAUGGACUCCUGGCAUGAGGGUCAAGGAGUUUCACGGCACCAGCAAAGGAGAAAGGACCAGGAAUUUAGAGAAAGUUCAGAGGAGAGGUGGCGUCAUCAUCACCACGUACACCAUGCUCAUGAAUAACUGGCAGCAGUUGUCAUCACACCACGGCAGAGAGUUCACAUGGGACUACAUGAUCCUGGACGAGGCGCACAAAAUAAAGACCACAACCACCAAAACGGCCAAAAGCGCCUACGCCAUACCUUCAAAAAAUCGAGUUCUUCUAACGGGUACUCCAGUCCAGAACAACCUGAGAGAAAUGUGGGCUCUUUUUGACUUUGCUUGCCAAAGCACUCUUCUUGGGACAGCUAAAACAUUCAAAUCAGAGUACGAGAAUCCCAUCACCCGCGCCAGAGAGAAGGAUGCGACCCCAGGGGAAAAAGCUCUCGGCUCCCGGAUGUCUGAGAACCUCAUGGCCAUAAUAAAACCCCACUUCCUCCGCAGGACAAAAUCAGAAGUGCAGAAAAACAAAAUGAACGGCACACACUCCUGCAAAGAGGAAGCUUCAGACAAAAAGGACAGGCAAGUUCCAGAGCCCUCACAAAAAGACUGUGGAGCAGUCAUGCCCACGCUGACACGAAAGAAUGACCUGAUUGUCUGGACUUACCUGAGCUCUGUUCAGGAAGACAUUUACAGGCAGUUCAUUUCCCUGGACCACAUCAAGGAGCUGCUCAUGACCACCAGAUCACCUCUGGCUGAAUUAAACAUUCUGAAAAAGCUGUGCGACCAUCCUCGGCUGCUCUCUGCUGCGGCCGUAGCCAAGUUAGGCUUGGAGGAAAGUACAGCUGAGGGCCAGCAUAGUGACGACACGGAGGCAGACGCGGCUCACGGCAUCGCCAACGUUCCUGACGACACCUUAAUAUCCGAGUCCGGGAAACUCGUCUUUCUCUUUGCACUUCUCGAAAGGCUCAGACAGGAAGGCCACCGCACCCUCGUCUUUGCUCAUUACAGAAAAGUGCUUGACAUCAUUGAACGCAUCCUGGGCAACAGAGGCUUCAAAGUAAUGAGACUGGAUGGCACGAUAACACAGAUUGCAGAGAGAGAGAGACGCAUCUCUCUGUUCCAGACGGACCAGCGUUACUCCGUCUUCCUCCUGACCACCCAGGUUGGAGGAGUUGGCAUCACUUUGACAGCAGCAAACCGAGUUGUGAUCUACGACCCGAGCUGGAACCCGGCAACAGACGCCCAGGCUGUUGACAGGGCAUACCGCAUCGGCCAGACUGAAAACGUCGUCAUCUACAGGCUGAUCACCUGCGGCACAGUGGAGGAGAAGAUCUACAGACGGCAGGUCUUUAAAGACUCCCUCAUCAGACAGAACACUGGGGAUAAGAAGAACCCUUUUCGGUACUUCAGCAAACAGGAGCUGAAGGAGCUUUUCACUCUGGAGGACACACGGUCUUCGUCCACGCAGAUCCAGCUUCAGGGCCUGCACUCCAGACACCGACGGACAGACCCAGAACUAGACGAGCACAUCGCCCACCUCCACGCCAUGGAAAUGUUUGGGAUUUCUGACCACGACCUCAUGUUCUCUCUCGACGUGAACCAUGAUGAGGCCCCGGAGGACCAAGAGGAGCACCACUACAUUGAAGGGAGGGUCCAGAAGGCCCAGGAGCUGAUGAAGGCUGAGUCCGAGUUACAGAUGCAGCUGGCAGAGAGCAUGGCAUCCAGCACAGAACCAGCUUGGCUCAGACAGCCAGUGGAGACUAACAAACGAGAGCGGUCUCAUGAGAAAAAGUCAAGUAAUCCAAGACCAAGUCCUUCCUAUCCACAACGUGACAGCGACUUUAACAGCUCACUAAUAGAGGUCGAAUUGGACCAGUCGGGGUCUGGAAAGGACAACAGCCAACCGAGUGAUGGAGUUAUUGAUCUUACUGUAGAUGUGAGUUUGACAGAAAAACAACAUGCAGCAGAAGUAAGCCAAGACAAACUUGCUGAGCAGGACCUGGAUUCCCUGGAGCACCAGUCUGUCAAGCAGGAGAGGAGUUACCUGGAGGCAGCAGACCCCUCUACUCAGGAGGUGAUAGAAGAGUCUUUGGUGACGUCGGAGGCCGCUGAUGCCGCAGCAGGUCCUGUGGCAGAUGUUUCUGUUCAAGAACUGCUGGACGAGUCAGUCAUGUCUGAGGCUGCAGCAGGAGACAGUAGUCAGGCGUACGUUACAGCAGUUGAUGAGGAGGAACAUCUGCUAAACGGAAGUUCACACUCAAAAUACAACUGCAGGAUGGACCCGGGACAUCCACAUGUCACACCCCUGCAGAACAAACGAUUGUCUGUCCUCCAAGCAUCCAAUUCGAGCUUCAAAGCAGACACAUCGUCCAGAGUCAGCACAGGGCUCGAGUCCUUCGAAGGCAACUUCAAUUUACAGCUGGAGGACAGUGACAUGUUCUCAGACCACGAUGUCUCGGAUCAUCAGGAAACUGCAGCCGAGGAGAAGAAGCUGCUUUCACAGCUGCAGAUGGAGGGGAGUUUUGAUGUAAAUAAAUCCCUUUCUGAGAGACAACAAGCAGAAGCACUUGGUCAAAGCCUCAGCAACGUCCAUACCUCUAAAAUGGAUGAGUCAAUGAGUGAUUCCAUCAUAACUACCAAGAGGAAAAGAGCAGCAGUGAUUUACGAUAGUGAUGAAGGAGGAGAUGAUGAUGAUGAUGAUGAUGAUGAUGAUGAUGGCGGCAGGAAGGAGCUGAGUAGGAGUCAACUUUACAACUCCUUUCAGGUUCUUGGAGCUUCCACACCUAAAUCUGCACCAUCUGACUCCACUCAUCCCGUGUUAAGAAAGAGCAUAGGAGGAAACACGUCUGUGGCCUCACGCCGGUCCCUCCUCCAGUCCAUCAUCGAGGACAUGGACAACCACAACCAAGACAUGGAAGAUGAGGAUGAAGGGGAUGAGUACGAAGGUGAUGAUGAUGAUGACAUUUCAAAUUCUGAUGAGAAUGAAAAGGAGCGCAUCCUCGGUUCAACCCACGAUGAGCUUCAGCUGGAGGAGACCAUCGGGGAGACGUUAAACACGGAGGGGGAGGAGGAGGGGGAGGAGGAGGAGGAGGAAGAGGAGGAGUAUUACUCUGAGUCAGCUGAUGACAUUAAUGAGUCAGCAGAGGAAAUGAGUAAUAAAAUGGAAGAAUCAACCAGCGAGCCUGAGCUAACCUCCUCUGAGAGGAUGGAUCAGUGCACUGUUGACGCAGCAGUCAAGACAAAAGACAUAAAAGACAUGAAGUCUGAGGACGAGAGCUACGACUCUCUGGUCAGCAGAGGGAAGGAGCACUACAGCCGAGGGAAGCUGGACGACGCUCUGGGCUUCUUCCUGAGAGCUAUUGACAUCAGACCUGGAGAUCCUGAAAUCCAGCUGAUGACCAUCCAGCUGUACCGGCAGCUGAGUCAGAGACAUUAAAACCUGCCAGCUGGGACAAUCUGUCAGUCGGGGCCGUGCUGGCUGUUCAACAAAUCCCCCGCUCACACCAAAACCACCAGGUCCACGUCACGUAGGGCUGGUAUUGUUUUAAAAAUGAUAGUAGUCCCCUCAAAGUGAUACCGAUACCACCAGAGUACUUCAUUUCAUACUCAUUAUGUAAAUGGUGGCGUUCAGGGGUGUAGCAGGAUGUAACUGCCGACUCCUUCAGAUAUCCUGUGUUCACCUUCAUCACCCCACAGACUGUGUGGUUACAGGUUGCAUUGAUAUAAUAUGUUUGGAUUAUUUUCCUAAUCAGUCAUUAACUCAUUACUUUGACAGGUUUAUGUGCGUCACUAUUUUCUUGAGCCCAAAGUUGUGUCAUCAGAUGCCAACAGUCCAGAACCUCGAAGCACAGAACGGUUCACGAUUCACCGCGGGUUGGAGCAGCGCGUGUGCACCUUUGAGAAGCUCUGGUUAUUAAAUGUGUGACAUUUUUCCGUGGAAUCCCACAAAGACACAGCGGUUCCCUAAGACGCACUACGGCGUGUGUUCGUGGUGGUGGAGAACGAAGGUGUGGUUCACUGAAGGGUUUUCAAAGGGGGCAGAAGGUGAAUGAGGCUGUGACACACGCCGUACUUGUUGGUACUCGUAGAUACUUUGACUGGUGGUUUUACUCUGCACAUGAGGUUUGUUGGACGGAGACGUUGGUGAUAUGACUAAACUGAACUUAGUCUUUAAAUCAUUAACUCACAGUACUUGAACUUUUGCACGGAAUAACAUGUAAAGACAUCAAGGGUGGCACAAUGUUUCCUUUAAAAACUUAAUGUUUGGCACACAAAUAACUUUUAUGACUGUAGCAGUUUGUGUGUUUGUGCUGCAUGUGUUCAGUGGUCCAGCAAACGGGAGACACCCGCCUGUUCAAUAGCGUCCGUUUACAUGUUCAGUUCAUUUUGUCCACACAUUAUGAUAAAACUUUAACCUUUUCCUCCUUAUCUGUUACCUGUAUGUAUGUAUCUUAAUGAAAGAGUUCAAAAGAAGUUUUCUUUC